CACAUGCGCCCUCACCGUAGGACACCGGUGCCGGCGAGCGGGUACCCCACGGCAACUCCCGACGUACCAAGUUCAAGCUCCUCCGCCCGAGUUGAGACUUGAGACAUCGCUGUCCCGCAUCCACCGUGAUGAAGCAUAGCUAUAGUACUAGUCCAAAUAUGCCACCGACAAUCCCGAGACAAUCCUCCUUAUAUACCAACGACACAUCUGCGGACAGUCCAAAGUCCAGUCACGAUUGCGCGCAGCCUGCAAAUUUUAGGCUGCAGCAUAUUGAACCCACCCCAGUACCUUCGUUGCCGUCAAGCUAGUGGUCAUGGUCAAUGCUCAAGCAGCCGGAAUGGCUUGCGCCCUCGGUGUAAUCGCGUUCCACUUCUUGCAGAGCGGGCCUUUGGUGACCAGCCUUCUGUGCAUCGCCGCGUACCUGGCAAUGCAGGCCGUCCUUGCGACGCGCACCAAACCAUACCCUCCAGGCCCGCGCGGAUGGCCUGUCAUACGCAACCUGUUGCAAAUCCCGCAGAACAAGCCAUGGCUCGUGUACGCCGCUUGGGCGGACACUUACGGCGACGUCAUUCAUCUUGAAGCGUUCAACUACCACCUCGUAAUUCUAAACAGCGCGCAGGCAGCCAAAGAGCUUCUUGACGGCCGGUCGGCUAUAUACUCCGACCGCCCAGCCUCGACCAUGGCAGAACUAUGUGGUUACGACGUCGGACUCGGUAUGCUAUCAUACAACGACGAAUGGCGGAAACAACGCAAAUUUGUGGCCCAGGCGUUCGCCUCGGGCAUGUUGUCGCGCUACUACUCGAUCCAAGAAGACGAAGCCCGGAGGCUCGUGCAAGGCCUCCUCCGGGACCCUGGCACAGUGGUCAGCCAGACCAAGAGACGAAUCGCUGCAAUCAUCAUGCGCGUUACAUAUGGCUAUACCGUCAAAGUGGAAGACGACCGGAUGAUCACCAUGCAAUUCGAGGCGAUGGACAACUUCACCUACGCGAGCGAGCCGGGAGUAUGGAUAGUGGAUUUCAUUCCUCAGUUGCAAUAUCUGCCGCGCUGGAUGCCGGGGGCGUCGUUCUUGCGCACUGCGCAAGCCUUCAAGGAGCUAGAACACGACGCAACUCGAAUGCCGUACCUGUGGUGCAAAGAGCAGAUCCAAGCAGGAAAAGCAGAACCGUGCCUCGUUGCGUCAGCACUGGAACAAUGCGACGGUAAGAUGAGUGAUGAAGAUGAGGUUGCGCUCAUCCUGGGUACAAACUCCGCUCUUGGCGGCGGACUGGACACGAACAUGUCCUCCAUAUUCUCGUUUCUACUCCUCAUGACGCGCCAUCCGGAUAUUCAAGCUAAAGCUCAGGCUGAAAUCGACGAGGUGGUGGGCACCGAGCGACUUCCGUCAAUUAAGGACAGGCCGUCGCUUCCGUAUCUGAGGAGCGUGAUAACGGAAGUCUAUCGCUGCUAUCCCGCUGGCCCACAAGGUCUGCCCCAUUCCCUGCGUCAGGAUGACGUGUACAAAGACUAUCUGUUGCCCAAGGCAUCCAUCAUUAUCCCCAAUAUCUGGCGCAUGCUGCAUGACCCCGACGUGUUUCCGCAGCCGGACGAGUUCAAGCCUGAGCGAUUCGCGAACAGCGAUACCGAGAUGCGGAAGGUGACGGACCUCCUCUUUGGCUUUGGCCGCCGGGCCUGCCCGGGAUCACAGUUCGCGGAAGGCUCCGUCUUUGCAAUCGCUGCGACCAUACUCGCGACUUGUAACGUUGUGCCCAAGAUCGACGAGCGGGGAAACCCGAUCAUCCCCGACAUGGAGUAUACGAGCAGUUUUAUAACGUUCCCGAAGCACAUCGUGUGCGACUUCAAGCCAAGAUCUGAGAAAGCUCAGGAGCUACUCGAAGAGUACGUUUCGCGGGGCGAUUAACUCAGUAC